CUCGCGAGGGAAGAAGAAGACGCUGUAAGAAUUUGAACUUUCAUCCAUUGUUAACCGUCUUCUUUGGGAACCCUAAACGUUUCGAAAGGAGAGCAAGAGAUGAGUCAGCAUUUGAAGUUAGCUAAAAGCUCAAUUUUCUUACACGAUGCCAAUCUAUAUAAAUGUCCACUUCUGGUCAGACCGUGCUUUUAUUAUUGGCAUAACACUGUUAAUCAGCGAUAUCAAGUUAUUAGAUCUUCAGUAGAAGUUAAUUGUCCUGGCUUUUGAUAAAGAGGAUGUUAUACGACAAGAGAUUCUACGAAAACAACUUAUUACGAGGCGGAAGUUUGGGAUGGAGAACAACUUAAUACCUGUCCACAUGUACAAACGCUUAGACAAUUUUCAAGGGAAUUGCUUUCUGGAAAAAUUGUGAUGGUUCGAUUCGACUCCACUCCUUUCCUUUGAGAAACACUGGACUAUAACACCCCAUUAAUCAAAAGUGCCCUAUUUAGUAUCAAGUAUUUGUUACACCAUGGUGCUAAAGUCCUUAUAGUUAGUGAUUGGGGUCGACCUAAGGACUCAACACAGCUUCUCUCAGCUGAGAUUGUUGCAGAUAAACUAUCAUCAGCUCUCCAACUAAAAGUGGUGCCGGCAAAUUGGGUUUCUGUCAACUCACAGUUUAAGAUGGAAGAGGUUGAGAAAUCAGAUGUUCUUCUUUUUGAGAAUCUCUCGAAGUUUAAGGAGGAACGUGCGAAUUCUUCAAUGUUUGCUGAAAAAUUAUCAUCAGGAGUGGAUAUCUUCGUUAACGACACUUUUUCCCAAUCACAUAAGGUGCUAGCAUCAACCAAUGGUGUUUCUCGCUAUUGGUAUGCUUCUAUUGCUGGUUUUUGUUUCGAGAAGCAACUAGAGGAACUGGUGGAGGUGACGAGGCCCAAGCAACCGCAUUUUGCAAUUAUCGGAGGGGGGAAUCUCCAUGAUAAAGUAAAAGCCUUGGAAUUUUUAGCUUCUAAAUGUGAUGGCUUGGUUUUUGUCGGAAUGAUGGCAUUUCAAAUAAUGCAUGGCCUAGGACUGCCAGUGCGUUUGAAUUUUGUGGAGCUGUCUGCUGUUGGGUCUUCCUUAAAGAUAAUUCAAAUUGCACGUGGAAGGAAUAUACCUAUUCCGCUACCAAAAGACUUUUGGUGCACUAAUAUGUGCAAUCGAGACGAAUUGCGUACAUUUCCUGCCACCAACAUCUUGGAUGGUUGGGAACCUGUUGAUCUUGGGCCAGUUUCAUUGGAUGAGAUAUCCUCACUCCUUACAAACUGCAAGACGAUUUCGUCUUCUAAAAAUGAUAUACUUCAAAGCCUUCCAAAAUUAGACUUGAGGAACAACAGUAUCCUACUUUCAGGAGUUGAUGUGAUUAAUGGCAUACGUGCCUGGUGUCUUUUUUCGUUAUUCAAGCUCAAUAAGAAGAUUCUGUGAAUUGGCCCAGUAAGGUUUAUGCUGUCAAGACCAGACACUCAUGGAGCAUCUAAGUUGGCGACAAUGGUUGAAACAUCAAGUAGACGUGGUUGUGAUGUAACUGUUGGAAAUGCUGCAUGCAAAGCAAUAGCAGAGACGUCAAGUGCGCUAUCCCUUUAUAGUUUGCAUGAGAACUCUUCAGUUGUAUGGGAA